CUUUCAUUCCGACUUCCUCUCCUUCCCCUCCUUCGCAAUGUCUACAGCUCACAGACCAACAUGGGAUCCAGCACAGGCAAAGGAUGUCAAAGGAGGAUCAAGGCAAUUCUCCGUCCGGGAUAUGGCUUCCCAUACCAAGCUCAAAUUUCGACAAGUCGGCCAAACGUCUGAAGGCGAAGUCAAGAAACGAGAUUUACGCGCUGACCUGCUAGCUGCUGAGCAGGAGGCCAAAAACAAGAAACGGAAGGCGGAAGGUAAACCACCGUUACCUGUUGAAGGAGGCAGUAGCAGUGGUGCGACAACUGUGGACGAGGAGACCAAUAAACGGAGAAAAUUGCUUCAGGAUGCGUUAGAGAUGGACAAAGACGAUGACGAUGACGAUGACGAAGAGGAUGAGGAGGAAGGAGAGAAGAAAGCAAAUGGGCACAAAGAUGAGGAUGAAGAUGACGAAGACUCGGACGACGAUGAUGACGAUACUGCCGAGCUCCUAAGAGAACUGGAGAAAAUAAAACGAGAACGUGCUGAAGACAAAGCUCGACAAGAACGAGAACAAUCCGAGUCAGACGCAGCAACGCGAGAAGCCGAAAUUGCCACUGCGAACCCUCUUCUCAAUCUUGCAGCUGUUUUGGGGCAAAACCCUACCGGUAUCAAUACUACUGUGCCAGGCACUUUCUCCGUCAAGAGGCGGUGGGACGACGACCUCAUAUUCAAAAAUCAAGCAAUGGACACGAGGAAUAAGCCUCAGGGACAGUUUGUCAACGACCUGCUCAGAACGGAAUUCCAUAAGAAGUUCAUGUCAAAGUUCAUCAAGUAAUCCCUUGUUUCUAUUCGCUAUACAUACCAGAUGUAUCAUACUGUCGUUCUAUACGUAUGCCUUUUACGAGGCGCAAAACGCCCUGCAUCAAACUAAAGAGAAGAGUGAAGACGGACCGUGGAAUAUCAGGGACCCUUUGUCGAUGGAGCGACCUUGAACUUGUCGUGUAUCUCAACGCAUGCAAAAAGAUGUACAACUUCUCCGGUAUAGGAUCAGGGUGUAGUGGAAGGUAACAUUCUGGACAAUAGAGCUGACUCUGUCUACCUUCUUCCACAGUUUCGGAUUCUUGUAAUUUUACGACAUCGUGUCCUGUAGCUUGCUGUGCAUCAGAAGUGGAUGGUGCAGUCGCAUUGGGGUCUAUUGAGGCGGCAAUCAUGGAUCGAGCGACGUCAACUGCAAC